UUUAGAUAUCGUCUGGCUCCGGAAUUUCCAUUUCCAGCUGCGGUGGACGAUUGCUUUGCGGUAACACGAUACAUACAGAGAAAUACAGAACAACUUAAUAUGGAUUCUGAAAAACUUAUCCUGAUGGGGGAUGAUGCAGGCGGAAAUUUGACCAUGAAUAUGUUAAUAAGAAUGAUUUCGGAGGAUGGACUAGACCUGCCAAAGUUCAAAGUCCAUAUAGUUUUGGUUCCAUUCAUUCAAGCCUUAAAUUUUAUAACUCCCUCCUAUCAAAGUUAUGACAAUAUUAAAGCACCAACAUUUCCCAAUGCUGAAUUUAUGUUAAAAUCUUUGAUCACAUAUGCCCUUGGUUUUGCGACUCUGGACAACUCUGAAAUACGGAAGUUACUGGAAAAUGCUCACUGGACGGACGAAAUCAGAAAAUCGUAUUUUCCAAAACAUGUAAGACCCGAUGUCCUUCCUAAAAAUUUAGAGAAACCAACGGUUAAAAGGGCGAUGUCCAAGAAAACGGAUUCCGGAUUGGCAAGAAAGUUGAACGACAAGUUUCUUGAUCCUAUGUUUUCUCCGCUCUUUGCGGAUGACGAAAUUCUCAGAAAUUUUCCAAAAACGUACAUUUUGUCUACGGAGAUAGACUGCUUACGGGACGAUGCCUUUUUCCUCGCUGAAAGAUUACGUCAACUGGACGUUGACGUCACGCAUCGUCAUUGGACCGGAAUGGACCAUUCAUUUCUGUUCCUCGAGUUUUAUAAGAACUCUUUUAAAGCCUUGCAAGAAAUCAUAACUUAUUUGGAUAAAAACUUAUAGAAAUGAAACGAUACUUUUGUUGAUGGAAUAAUUAUAUUAAUGUACUCGAAUCGUAUGUAAUUUUAAGAAGAAAACUUGUGUUUAUAUGUCCCGAUGUUCUUUGUAUUAUUAUUGAUUAAACAGUUUUUGCCUGGAGUUCAAA